CUUGGUGCAUGUGCAUGGCAUGUGAGUAUUUCUAUUUAUCAGAACGAAAACCCUCUUUUAUCCUUUCUUACUGUGAAAAAUCGGGCUACCGUUGCUUCUCGUCUUGGGUUGGGUCAUGAUCUAUGCCCAAAAGUACCAACCCGCUUCGGAUUAAAUUGUUCAAAUAACUAUAAAAUAGCAGCAACGGCAGGAAUCCGAAUCGGCAUACUGGUUUCUGAGCUUUAGGACAGCGCAGAUUUUCAUCUUGACUUCCCGUCCGGCCAAGAUCAACGAUGAUUCACUUUGUACUUCUAAUUAGUCGUCAAGGUAAAGUUAGGUUGAUAAAAUGGUAUUCUCCUUAUUCUCAGAAGGAAAGAACGAAGGUUAUCCGCGAGCUCAGUGGAGUGAUUCUCACAAGAGGGCCCAAACUCUGUAAUUUUGUGGAAUGGAGAGGAUUUAAAGUUGUUUAUAAAAGAUAUGCUAGUCUUUACUUCUGCAUGUGCAUUGACCAGGAUGACAACGAAUUAGAGAUUCUAGAAAUUAUUCAUCACUAUGUUGAGAUUCUUGACCGAUACUUUGGCAGUGUCUGUGAAUUGGACUUGAUCUUCAACUUUCAUAAGGCCUACUAUAUAUUGGAUGAAAUCUUGAUUGCUGGUGAACUUCAAGAGUCCAGCAAGAAAACGGUUGCACUUUUAAUAGCUGCACAGGAUUCACUAGUGGAGACUGCAAAAGAGCAAGCCGGUUCCAUUAGCAAUAUAAUUGCACAGGCCACGAAGUAGGUUAUGAGAACAUGACCCAGGGGAUGGAGUCAAACUCAUGCCUGCAGAUUUACUAUAAAUUGUUACACCAUGGGGCUCCAAGUAACAUCAAGACAGGGCAUCAGCCCUUCACCUCAACAGCUUGAGUGAAGUGUUUUCUACCAACUUGGUUGUCCCUCUUUCAACCCAGCCAAAAUAGUGUUUAUAUGCUAGUAAGGACCAUUUAAUUGCUCUUUAAUAAUCAACUAAUAUGCUGCCACCAAGCUAGCUUCAUCUCGAGCAGCUCUCGUUUUGUUGAUGCAGUGCAAUGUCCCAUUUCAAGAGUUUACCUGGAGUUUAGCUGCUUAGUCAAUGAACCAUGAAUAUUCAGACUAUAUGUAAUCUAUGCUUCAUCCUGUCUGUAAAAUAUUGCUAGCAAAAUGAGGUAUAUCUACAAUGAAAAUUUGUUACCUUUAGAA